GCUGCCGUUGCUGCUUUGCUUUGUUUUCCUUUUGACCAAUAUGGACAUACAUCGGUUGCAAGCGCUGCGUUACUGCCUUCCUCAGAGUGUCAGUGACUCAGGAUUGUUUUACAGCCACAUCGCUGCCAGUGAACAGAGUAUCUGCCAGGCGCGGGCCUCUGUGAUGGUCUAUGAUGACGCCAGUAAGAAAUGGGUGCCCAUCAAGCCUGGGCAACAGGGCUUCAGCCGCAUCAACAUCUACCACAACACUGCCAACAACACCUUCAGAGUGGUGGGCGUUAAACUGCAGGACCAGCAGGUGGUGAUCAACUAUUCCAUAGUGAAGGGCCUGAAAUACAAUCAGGCCACCCCGACCUUCCAUCAGUGGCGUGAUGCUCGGCAGGUCUACGGGCUGAACUUCGCCAGUAAGGAGGAGGCCACCACCUUCUCCAACGCCAUGCUGUUCGCCCUCAACGUCCUCAGCUCACCUGACGGUGGAGGUCCGGUUGUUCAGCGCCAAAAUGGGCCCUCCUCAGAUGAAAGCGAAGCACAGAGGAGGAUGAUGGAGCAACAUCAGAUGCACAAGGAGAGGGAGCGACGGACGUCAGGAUCAGUCGUUUCCACUCUCCAAUAUAAAGUGUCCACCCCUCCCAUCCACCCAGACACUCCUCCUGAAUACAGACAGUACAGAGCUAGCACACUGCCACCCUCCUACGUCCGUGUGGCCUCCUCCUCUCCUCCCUCCUCCGCCUCCAUGUCUCCCUCUCAGGAGAAGGAGGCGGGGGCUACUAGGGACAAGGCCCAGCUCUCCUCCCAGCUCUCCACCUCGCUCGCCUCAGCCUUUUCCCCAGUCCAGGCAGGAGUGACCACCCAGGGCCGACAGGUCCGUCAGAUCCCCCUAUCUCCUCCCACCGCAGCCCGCCACCUACACCUUCAGCAGCAACAAGACACCAUGCUUCCCCCUAAACACGGCACCUGGUCUGCCUCCCACAUGCAGCAAAUGUACGCCCAGUUGCCCCCCUCCUCGUCACCCCCAGUAAUGAUGGCCAUGCCGGUGAAGCAGGGCUUGCCCCCGCAGCCAGUCCUCCCGGUGGCUCACCCCCUCCCACCUGUAAGCACUAGGAUGAAGCCCCCACCUCUUGAUCCCAGUGCCAUGACAGGCCCUCACCAAUACCCUCAGCACCAGCCCCACCCUCACUCCAAUGGCCAGCCAGAUGAUUCCUACUCUCCUCAUUCUCAGCAUCUGCCACUCACACCACAGUACUGUGAGGCCAUCCCACUGCCCCCUCUCACAAGUCAGACACCCCCAGGCCCUGCCCCCAGCCACCAGCCCCAGUACCCAUCCACCUUCCACCCACAGCAGCAGCAGCAACAACAACAACAGCAGCAGCAGCAGCAGGUGUACCACCAGCAGGCCCAGCCCCCCACCACCACCUCUUCCUCCUCCUCCUCCUCCUCGCCCCCCUCUUACACUGCCAUGUCUGACGGGGGCUCGCCCAAGAAGACCCCCUCCCCUGUCCCCCAGCCAACCCCCAUGACCAGCAGCAGUAAUGCUCUCAUCUCUGCAAGUAACCCGUCUUUGCUUUGUAUUGCACCCCCUUCAGCUGCAGCUCCAGCUCCUAUGGCUGGUCCUCCAGCCCCACCACCACCACCCGGUCCACCACCCCCAAUGGCAGUGCCACCACCCAUGCCCCCUCCACUACCCGCUGGUGGAGGACCUCCUGGUGGCCCCCCUGGGGUCCAACACCAACCCUCAGGACUGGCUGCGGCACUGGCUGGAGCCAAGCUACGUAAAGUGCAUAGGGAUGAGAGCAGCCCUCCUGGAUCUAGUGGCAAAAGUGACUCCAACCGGUCUAGUGGUGGCAGUGGUGGUGGAGGGGAGGGACUGAUGCAGGAGAUGAAUGCCUUACUAGCACGCAGACGAAAAGCUUCUGAGAAACCCGACGAAGAUGACUCAAGUGGUCGGGGGUCAGGUCAGCAGAACUCAACAGAUGCUGUGAAGAAGCCAUGGGAACGAUCCAACUCUGCAGAAAAGUCCUCACUGGUGUCCAGAGUGAGACCCAUUGGCAGCACUAGUGAAGCAGACACAGAAUUUGACAGGAUGAAACAGGAGAUUUUGGAUGAAGUCGUACGCGAGUUGCAUAAGGUGAAAGAUGAAAUCAUUAAUGCCAUCAGACAAGAAAUCGGCAGAAUCAGUACAUCCUAAUCUCAUCCGAGCGUACAGAUGGAGGAGGAGGAGGAGGAGGAGAGCGACGGAGGGAGCUGGAGGAGGAUGGACAUGCAGAUGCACAGACACGAGGACCAGGGAAUGUUCUCUCAAUGUUUCUGUGACCUCAUAACGCCAUCAUUCAAGUUGCAGAGAUGUUGUGCCAACAUUUAAGUCUGCUGGGCAGCAAAAGUAAAUGAGAGACACGAGAGCGGGGAUUAACGAGAGGGAAGAGCAGAAGAAACGUGGGGAUGGAUAAAGGAAGAUUGAUGUACUGAUGAACUCAUGACAGAGGUUGACAAAUGAGCUUAAAGAAGAAGUGAGGAACGGACGGACAUUUGUGCUGAGUUUGGUGUUGUGGUCCUCUCUGUGCACCUAGACUCAGUCAGCCCAGUGUUGCAACUCUUUGUUCGCUGUUCAGUCCAAGUCUUAAGAAGAAAAUAUUUUUGUUUUCUAAGUUUUUACUGUUUUAUUAUUUAAAAAAAUGUGGUGAUGAUGAUGCUGUUGAUGACAAUGAGUAUUUUAUUGAUAUUCUAGAAGGAGAAAGGAAUCUUGCACACCCUAUGUCAGCCUUUUAUAUUUUCUAUUGUUUUUUGUUCUGUUUAUCCCUAACUAUUUGAUGAUAACAAGCACAAUUUGGGCAUAGUGGUGCUCAAUACCCACCCGCCCUCAAGUGGCAUAUUCCCAAAAAAAAAAAACAAAAAAAAACUUUUUAUGACCUUGCUCAUACUAGCAUUGUGUGUCUAACCUUUUCUCUCCAGAGUUAAGAAAAACAUUGUUUGAACCACAAUUAGCCACUUGAAUUACCUCAAUUCCCUUCAUAUUUAAGGCAUAACAAAUGAGCAACCAUUCUUUUUUUUUAGCAAUGAAUCAGAUAACACACACGCGCGCACACACACAAAGUCUGCUCUGCAACUCCGGUGUGAUCGAGGUUUCUCUGUAACUGUUCAGAUGUGCGAGAUCAUUGAAACUUGGGGAUCGUUCACAAAACAGGCCGAUAACUUUAAAUGUGCCACCUGGUUUUACCUAGAUAUAAAACAAUGUAGUAUUAUAUAUUAGUCAUCCUGCGCUUUGUGAUCCCCCACCCA